AGUAAAUGUGAUGAUUGUGGAUCUUUAUUUUGCAAUUUUAGAUGUGUUGUAAGAAUUGAUGAAAAGUCUGGCUGAGAAAUGAGUCAAAACAUGUGACCGUGUUAAGCUGACCACGGUCACUGGUGUUUAGGAGAAGGGUUGGUUAUUAGACAUGGAUAACUGAACACGUAAGAGGAAUGAAAAUGGGAUUGACUGUUUAGCUAAAUCAGGAACACACACUCAGGUUACACACACUCUAAAAACACACACUCUGAGAAUCCAUAUUCUCGUACUGACUCUUCAUCCUAUUCAUCCGACGAUACAGAAUUUGACGUUUUACGAUUCUAGACCUGACCCACUGCUCCCGUGCCAAUAUUUUUGCUUUGAGGUGGUACAAAAACAUACCAACUAAUGUGAAAUGCGGCAUCGGGAAAUGGUGGUGAACAGCCUGACUGCCGGGGGAAGAGGCUCUAGUUACUGGCCCUAAAGCAGACGAGUAAACCUGAUCAUCAAACACAAUGGGAGACUGGGGUUUUCUCUCCACGUUACUGGACAAGGUGCAGGCCCACUCUACUGUCAUUGGCAAGAUCUGGAUGAGCAUACUCUUCAUCUUCAGAAUCCUUGUUCUGGGCGCAGGAGUUGAGAAUGUGUGGGGAGAUGAGCAAUCUGAUUUAGUUUGCAACACCCUCACACCGGGUUGCGAGAUUAUCUGCUACGACUGGAAAUUUCCCAUCUCCCACGUCCGCUUUUGGGUCAUGCAGAUCCUCUUCGUGUCCAGCCCGACCCUGCUCUACCUCGGCCAUGCCAUCCACAUCAUCCACCAGGAGAACAAGCUUAGAGAGAUGCGCAAGAGCGACCAGUCAGUGCUGGCACCGAAAUACACCGAUGAAAAUGGCAAAGUCAGAAUCAAGGGCAAGUUGUUGUGUAGCUACUUGACUCAGCUCUUUUUCAAAAUCAUCCUGGAAGUUGCUUUCAUCGUUGGCCAGUAUUACCUCUAUGGCUUUGUAAUGGUAGCCGAAUUCUUGUGUACCAAGGCCCCCUGCCCAUUGACCACACAGUGCUUCAUGUCCAGACCCACAGAGAAGUCCAUCUUUAUGAUAUUCAUGCUUGCGGUUGCAUGUGUUUCCCUGGCCUUGAACGUGCUCGAAGUGUGCUAUUUGGUUUGUCGUAGAGUAAGAAGACGGCCAAAACAUAAAGGAGUGGUGUUCUACAAUACGAAUGCCAGUAAUCUACCGUUAGGUACAAUUAGCCAGGAAGCUGUAGAGAGCAUUAAGCAGAACAGUGUGAAUGGAGACAUGGAGAAGCGCUGGGCAAACAGGAACUAUAGACCUGCUGAAUAAAUGCAAAUGUAAAUCAACAUAUCUACAACUCUAAAAAUUAUAUUUUGUUAAAAAUAACCCAAUUUGGGUAAAAGUGGAAACUCAGCACUGGGUAGAAUAUGAACUAUGCCAUGCUGGUUGUUUUGAUACAGCAAGAUAGGGUUAGGAUUUUGAUCACAGCAUAUUGGAUUGGUUUCUUUAACCCAGAGUGUGGGGAAAAAACUGACUACAUUGCAUGGAUGCAGUCACUGAGUUUGUGUGAGAUUUUUAAAUUAAAA